AUGACUCGCGGUAGGAUACCUCGAAACCCUGAGGGAGCCACAAAUCUGGAGAAUCAGAAUCCCCCGGUAGAUGGAAGAUUAGCUGAAGUUGUACGUCUGCUGGCUGACAUGCUUAGACAACAGCAACAAUAUAAUGAAAGGCCACUGAGAGCCAAGAAAUGGAUUAUUGAUCUCGAAAGGACAUACAAGAUCUGUGGAUGUACUGAUGACCAGAAGGUUCUAUAUGCUAGAUACCUAUUUCAAGGUGAAGCUGGAAUAUGGUGGGAUACACGGAGGCAGCUCCUAGUUGGGGAACUAGGAAGUCUCGCUGCACUGUCAUGGGAGAGGUUCAAAGAAGAGUUUGACAAUAGAUUCUUCCUAAAUUCUGUCAAACAACUAAAGGCACAGGAUUUCGCAUAUUUGACUCAGGGCAAUUUAACUGUGGAAGAGUACGCUACCAAAUUUAUGGAAUUGGGGAGGUCGUGUCACAUAUUGUCAACCCUAGGGUUGACUGCCCAAAUCAUUUCAGAAAGAAAAAGGACUUCAUUGUAUGUUGCUGAAGAGAGUUCAGAAAGGAAGAAAAUGUUUACUGGAUCAGAGAAAGGAAAAGGCAUUGAGACUGGGAGCUCAAUGCCGAUCGCAUUUCCCCCUUGUGGAGAGUGCGGUAAACACCAUGGGGGCAAGUGCAGAAUCGCGUUGGGAACUUUUUUCAAGUGUGGCCAAUUGGGUCAUAUGAUCAAAGACUGCCCCAGUGUUACUUUGAGAAAGGAAAUAAAGGGGAUCUCUCUCAAUGGUGACUAG